CCGCGCACUGUGAAGGAAAACACUUCAACAUGGGUUCCGUGAUUCUGCCUCACCUUCACUCGGCAUGGCACGUCGACCAGUCCAUUCUCAGCGAAGAUGACCGUCUAGUCAUCAUCCGUUUUGGCAAGGACGGCCACCCGGACUGUUUGCGCCAGGACGAUGUGCUCGCCAAAAUCGCGGAGAAAGUGAAGAACUUUGCCGUGGUUUACCUGUGUGAUAUUGACGAGGUGCCGGAUUUUAAUUCUAUGUACGAGCUUUACGAUCCGAUGACAAUAAUGUUCUUCUUUAGAAAUAAGCAUAUGAUGUGUGAUUUCGGAACUGGUAAUAAUAACAAGCUGAACUGGUUACUAGAGGAUAAACAGGAGUUGAUCGAUAUCGUCGAAACGAUCUACCGCGGUGCAAAGAAGGGUCGGGGUCUGGUCGUCAGCCCCAAGGAUUACUCCACGAGAUACCGUUACUAGAUGGGGAUCGGGUUGGGCCUUGCGUCCUGUAACGUUUACGAUAUUAUGUCAAGCAAAAACUUUGCCUCACGAAUGAUCCGUGAUACGGAGUUUCUUCGCCCGUCGACCCUUCCGGAAGAUAACACGAUACUGGUGGUCUUGGACGGAAGGCCAUAACAGUGGAGUGAAGGUAACCC